GAAGUCGCCUGCGCCCCGGAGCCGGCGGACCCGCAGCCCGCACCAUGGGGGGCUCCGCCUCCAGCGCGCUGGACGAGGGCAGGUGCGCCUACAUCCGAGGCAAGACUGAGGCGGUCGUGCGGAACUUCAGCCCCUUCUACCGCCGCCAGUACGCUGCCGCCUUCUGCGGGCACGUGUGCAACCAGGUGCAGCCACAGCGGGACGCCCCCUCCCAGCUGCUGAAGACCAAGCCCCCGCUGGAGCCCGGGACGGUGUUGUUUGAGGCCGAGUUAACCCAGUUUGCUGACGACAUAAAGAAGUGGCGGGAGAGAUACGUGGUCAUCAAGAACGACUUCGCCGUGGAGAGCUACGACAGCAAGGAGGCCUUCCAGAGAGGGGCCGCCCCCAGGAGCCGCCUCCUGUCCGCCAACGGCCGCGUGCUCACCUCGGAGGCAGAGUACAACGCCCUGUCGGACCAGCACUUCCCGGACCCCGAGGCGGGCAGCGAGAAAGACACGCUGCAGCCCCUGGCUGCGCUGCCCACGGCCUUCCCGGUCUUCCUGUGGCUGCCCUUCGCCCGGCCCGGCUCCUUCUGCUGCCCAGACGCGGCCCAGCAGCAGGCCCUGCACGCCCUCCUGGGGGACUGUGUCCGCCACCAGAGCCAGGACUACGUGAAGCAGAGGACAUUCGAGUCGCGGGCAUUCUUGGAGGCCGUGCAGUUCUUCCAGCAGGAGAAGGGCCACUACGACUCGUGGGAAAUGAACGCCGGCGAUGAGGUCCAGAUCCUGAGCGGCCUGGUGAUGGAGGAGCUCCUGCCCACGCUGCAGGCCGACGUCCUGCCCAGGAUGAAGGGGCGGAGGCAGGACCGGAAGCGAGCCUGGCUCGGGCUGCUGGAAGAGGCGUCGGGGCUGGUGGGACGGCAGGUGUCGGAGGGGCUGGACGCCCUGAAGGAGGAGUGCAGGGCGCAGGCCCGGGAGCUCGAGGGCGCCCUGCGGGCCGACGCCGACCAGAUCUCGGCCUCCAAGAGCUUCCUCAGUGGCAAGAUCAAAGGGACGGUGGCGCCACGGGCGGAGCAGCUGCUGGCGGAGAGCGUGCAGCCCUUCCUGGCGUCGCUGCUGGACGAGGUCAUGGCCCCCGUGAGCUGCGGCUUCAGUGCCGUGCGGGACCUGCUGGAGAGGGAGCUGGACGGGCUCGGCCGCAGUGUCCAGGCCGGCGGGGACGCCGCCCAGCUGCGGGAGCGCCUGCAGCAGCUGGGGCGCCUCCCGCUGGACGCGCUGGCCAUGGAGCCCUGCUACCGCCACGCUGACCGCCUGCUCGGGCGCUCUGCCGAGCUGCAGAGCCGCUUCCGGUUCCCCCACGUGCACCUGGUGGCGCAGCGAGCCCAGAGCCACAUGCAGGAGCUGAUGGGGGACGCCGUGUACACGUUCCAGGAGCUGCUGGCGCCCCACCUCCAAGGGGAGGCCUCCAAGGCCGCAGCCGCCAUCGAGAAGGUCAAGCUCCGAGUCCUGAAGCAAUACGACUACGACAGCAGCAGCGUCCGCAAGCGGCUGUGCCAGGGGGCGCUCGUGCAGGUGGCACUGCCCGUCCUUCGGAGGGGCCUGGCAGCCGCCUGCAAGCCGGAACUGCAGAACUACGAGCAGUUCAUCUUCGCCGACCACAUGGGCGUGAUCCACGUGGAGAACAUCUACGAGGAGAUCCUGCACGAGAUGCUGCUGGGCGAGGUCCUGAAAGUGAUCCAGGAGGCCGCCAGCCUAAAGAGGCACAACCUGCUGGACGACGGCGCGGCCCUGCCCAGCGAGAGCGUGUCCAGCCUGGCCGACCUGGGGACGCCCUCGGGCUCGGGCCGGUCCAGCCCUGCCCGCGCCCCCCCAGCCCUGCCGCCGGGCACGCCUGAGAGCAACGACGUCUUCCAGGGCCCGGAGGACACGCGGCCUCCCGAGGGCCCGACCCCCGCGGGGCCCAGCCCCCCGCCAGAGCAGGACGGGGACCCCGGGGACCCUCCAGUGGGGGCUGCGGAGCUGGCGUCGGGGGCACUCCCGGACCCCCCGGAGCCCCUGCCCGGGCUGCCAGAGGCCUCGCCUGCCUCGGGUUCCCUGGCCGAGCUCCGGGACCUGCUGGUGCUGACCACUGAGUUCCCCGGAGGUCCCGGCCCCCUGGAGGCCGACGGAGACGCAGCCCGGGGGGGCCCGGCAGAGGAAGCAGAGGGGGCGGCCCCCAGCCCAGCCCCCAGCCCGGGGCCGGCAGAGGCCCAGGAGCCCGCGCAGGGGGAGGCUCAGUGGGGCCCCCAGGGCAGGGCCGGGGAGGGCCGUGCGCUCCGCGUGUUCGAGUGCCAGUGGGUGGUGGAGGGCGCUCAGCAGCCGCCCGAGCCCCGGGGCCCCCAGGAUGAGGGGCACGGCCCCGAGCCGGCCCGGAAGUAGCCCCGGGACACCCGGCCCUUCACCACAGGCCCUGCCCCGGGCCACUGCCCGACAGUCCCCCUCCCCCCCCAAGCGACUCCUUCCUCGGUGGGCACCUGCGGGCCUGCACCAGGCCUGGGGACCUCGGCUCCGGUGUUGGGGGGUGUCCGGGGCUAUAGCUCGGGAGGGAGGAGCGAGCUGGGGGGUCCGUGUGUGCCCACGUUUCCUCCCACGGGGAGGCUGGGCUGGGGUCGGUGAGAUCGUCUGGAGUGAGGGCCACCCCGGUUCAAUCCCCUGCACUGCCGAGAGUCCCUCCUGAGCACUGAGCCGGGAGUGAUCCCUGAGCACUGAGCCGGGAGUCAGCCCUGAGCACAGAGCCGGGAGUGAGUCCUGAGCACUGAGCCGGGAGUCAGCCCUGAGCACUGAGCCAGGAGUCAGCCCUGAGCACAGAGCCGGGAGUCAGCCCUGAGCACAGAGC